UCAUCCCUCUACUCUUUGUCUAACUAGGUACUAUGCAUAGACCUUACAUUGAUCUGUGAGCUUUCUCAUUCUUCAACUUAUAAAGGACAAUGGCAUGACCACUUGGAAGCGAACAAGCCAAACAAGAUGCAUGUUCAAGCACUGGGUGGUUCUACUUAUUGUGCAAUGCAGAUCCCUUCACCAUUAGUAUGGAGAUUGAUAUCAAACACGGUAAGAUAGUAUAAUAAAGAUAUUGACCUCUCCAUCAACCUUUGUGUCUUUGCCUGAUCUAUGUCCCAAUUUUAUAUCCUCAAUAUCUCCUUCUUUUCUACAGUUCUUAACUUCCAAGCCUCCACUCCCUCUUCAUGAUGGCCGAAGUUGAACAGGCCAAUACACAGAGUGCUAUCUCGCUUCAAACUGCUCCCGGUUCAGAACCUUAUUGUAAUUCAGUACCUCUGACAGACAAUUCAGCCCGUUUGGUUGACCAUCAAUCUAUUUCAGCUAGUGAUACCACUCAGCAAGUGCCAGGGAGAGUCCUACCGGAGCAACCAGUCCCAGAAUCUUCAGAUGAUGAAGUAGAGUUUGUGUUUUCAGUCCCUCGACGAAGGAAGAAAAGGCACAGAAGGCUUGAGCUUCCGUCACAACACACUCAUACCAGCUCGGUUAGUCCCAUUUCGAGUGCCGGAGUUGUAUGCGCUCGUCCAUCACCAGAGAAGCUCGUAGCUGAUAUGGCUCCUCUGCUUGAUCAUUGCACUGAACCCGAUGAGAUGAACAGAGCUCGAUGCCAUUCUGUCCACCCCAUAAAUAGACCCGCCAUAUUCGAUGCCUUUACACAGCCAUUGAACGAUCCACAAUCAGAGCUACCCGUAAAAUCUCCUGCGGAUCUUUCUCAAAGUAUACCGUUCAAAAUCCCACCACCGUGGUAUGCCAAAUCUAUUCUUCCGUCACCUUCACCGACGUCACCGUUUUAUUAUGCAAAAUGUACAACCUUCACAACACCAGAGCAAGAUCAUGGAAAAAAAAGAAAGCAUCAAAGUGAAAAUUCAAAUCAUGUGUCUCCGUACAUGUCUUCAGCAUCUAUGUAUCUACCAAGACCGAAGCUUUUACCGUCUAACUCGAAUACUGCCCCCGUUUAUGGACAUACGGGUUUUGUGGACUUUCUAGAAGAUCCGAAUGUGCCAACUACCUUUGGAGGAGUGCCCCUCCCUCUUUCGCCACAUCGCCCAGUUAUACCUGGUUGGCAAGACUUUUCCUGGAAACCAUUAGACUACUCACCUCCAAAGCGGGAACCAUCUAUUGAUCCAACAGCAAGAAUGUUUUCUAAUAUCAACAACGACCCGAAUUGGCACCGCAAAUAUUAUUUUGGUGCCAUCGACCCAAAUUGUGCCAACUCGCAACAAGUUCCCAUUGGAAACGCACCCAGCGAGAGAUACGCGCAAGAAAUGGUAUCACCCAAAACAAUACCUCUCAAAACUCAAACCGCACCGGAGUCAUAUCCUUCAAUUCAAACAAAGUUAGUUCCGGAAUUACGUCACAUGCCUACAAAGAUGUCUACAUCUUCCACAUAUACCUGUCCUGUGCAACCUUCUUCGAUAACUUCAUCAAAUGCUGCAACAUGUUCUCAACCAACACAUCCAGUUACACUGAUGAAACAUACUUGUCCUUCUCCAUUUUCUCGUCCCCAGAUGACUGCAGCAGAUAUGCGACGCAAACCCUCUCUGUAUAGAAUACCUGCGUGGUCACAUUCGAUGGAUAACAACAAAGCCUCCUCCUCUACAGCUCUUGGUGAACGUCAAAUCCAGACCCGCGACACUGAAAGCAACGAUAUACUCUCUCCACACACCUACACACCUCAACAAGCGAGACCUAUUGCGUCCCACACACAAGGUUCAAUCUCAUCUCCUCUCCAAACUAAGAUCGCACAUUCUUCAAGACCACAAGAAUCUGCAUCUGCAUCCGCGUCCGCAUCUUCAUCUAAGCACUCCCCAAAUUUAAUCAUAGACAUAGCCCAAACGAGUCAAGAUACAUUUCCAUUCGCAGCAGUAGCCGCUAGACACAAUAAACCCAUCCAAAAAGUCUUUGAUACUUUUUCGGCCAUAAUCCAGUUACCGCUACUAAAACAGGCAGCGGAUGGGAGGAGACACGGGCCAUUAGGGAGUGAGAGGAUGAGGAUGUAUAGGGAGGCUAAAAGGGCCAUGGAGAGAGCGAACAGAGAGAAUGAAAAGGGGAAAAAUGAAAGAAAGCAGGGGAAAUGAGGUGGCACUGUAAUAUAAGGCUAAGAUAUGAAAAACGGGGGUUUGGGUUGGAAUGAUGCUUUGCUUCUCUUCUUCGGUGGUUCAUCUGAUUUUCAGAUGCUAUUAUCACUGGAUUUCCAACUUGUUUUUGUGGUGCGGACAGGGGCCUAAGAUUGAUGAAGGUAAGUAUUAACCAGAUCUCAGCCAUGUCAUCGAUUUAGAAUAAGCUCUUGAUAGAUCCCAUCUCAAAUCCAUCUGCUCUUCGCU